AAUAUAUGAAAACAAAACUUAAACAAAUACUACAUAAAAAUUAACAGUUUUCCAUAUUUUUUUUAACAUGGAAGAAUUUUCAGAACAUGUGCAGGUAGCUCUGAAGCAAUUAAUAGCUAAAAGUGGCAUCAAUAAUUAUGAAGUUAAAUUAUCACCAGCUUCUAAAAAAGGAGAUAAUUAUUUAGGCACUUUAUAUAGAGUUGAAAUUAUUAGUACGGAUAACGAUAAAGACACCAAGUUAAAUUUAAUUUGUAAAAUUCCAUCAUCUGAUUGGGGCUCCGAAGACAACUGGCAAAAAAUUCAUAUACCAUAUGAAAGGGAGGUGUAUGUUUAUAACGUGAUCUUAAAAAGUUUUGAAAAAUUACAAAAUGACAAAAACUUAAAUGAAAAUCAAAAGUUCGCUUCAUAUGCAUUAUGUCAUGUUGCCAGCGAUGUAAAUAAGAAAGAAUUUUUGAUUUUGGAAGAUUUGCACGCCAGAAAUUUUGUAAUGUUUGACAAAAGAAAAAAAAUGGAUUUUUCUCACAUAACGUUAGUUGCAAAAGGAUUAGCUAAAUAUCACGCAUUAAGUUUUGUCAUGAGAGAUCAACAGCCUGAAAAAUUCCAUAAAAUUACUCAAAUCGACUCAGCCAUGUAUGAUAUGACCGGUAGAGAAGCCUUUUACGAUUUAUGCGAUUUUGGACUGAAACAAGCCUUGGAAGCAAUAGAUGACGGAGGUAUCACAGAAUUUCAUGAAAAUGUGAAGAAAAUCAAAGAUAAUUGUGAAGAAUAUAUGGAAAGUUGUUUCAAUGCAACGGGUUCUGAAAAUUAUAGAGUUCUUUCACAUGGAGAUUGUUGGAAUAAUAAUAUGAUGUUUAAAUAUCAGGGUAAAAGUAUGGCGUUACUACAAGAUCAUGUACAAAAGGCGGUUCAGAACAUCAUUCUGGAACAACAAAUAACUAAUUAUAACAUAGAAGUAACACCAGGUUCAAAUGCAGGUGAUAACUACGGAAGUACUAUAUAUCGAAUACAAGUGAAAGGUAGAAGAAGUAAUGGAGAUACUACCUUAAGCCUUAUUUGCAAAGUGCCAAUAGCAACUUGUAAGGUAUCACAAUCUUUGGGCUUUAAAAGAGAAAUACACACCUAUAAAAAUUUGUUAAAAGACUUAAAGCAGUUUCAAGAAGAAAAAAAAAUCCAAUUUAUAGAUGGUUUUAAUACUUCCAUAAAAUGUUAUGAUGCUGACGACACAAUUGGUAAGGAAUACAUAAUCUUUGAAGAUUUAAAACCACAAGGCUUUACAAUGCUGGCUAAAGAUGUCUAUAUUGACAAAAUCCACGCACAGCAUGUGGUAAAAGAAUUAGCAAAGUUUCAUGCUAUCAGCUUUGCAAUGAAAGAUCAAAAACCCAAAGAAUUUAAACGGUUAUCAAAUUUACCAGAAGUUAUUUUCGAAAUUAUAGGAGAACAGCCACUUAACAAUUUGUGCAAAUUGGCUUUAGAAAGAGCAUUGAACUUUAUGAGUGAAAAAGGAUCGGAAGAUUAUUUAGUUAUCACUCAUGCAGAUUGCUGGAAAAAUAACAUGAUGUUCAAAUACGAGAAUGGCUGCCCAAAAGAAAUGCGUCUGUUCGACUGGCAAAUAACACGUUUAGCUUCACCCGCCAUGGACUUAUGUUAUUUUUUCUACAUAAGUGGUAACGACGAGUUAAUCGAACAGCACUUUGAUAAUCUGAUGGAGAUAUACUACGAACAACUCAAAAAAUCCGUAAAAUUACUGGGAAGCGACAUUACCCGCCUGUAUCCCCGAUCGAUUUUGGAAACUGAUCUCAAGAAAUUUGCUGGAUUUGGAAUUAUAUUUUGCAUAUUUGGAAUGAAUGUACUCCUUGCUGAAACUCCUCCUGAUAUGGGCGAUAUGUUUAUUAAAGCAAGCGAAGAAAAUUCAGAAAUGAAUGCCUCAGUAAUCUUAAUGCCGAAGCACAAGAAAAAUUUGCCAAUAGAGUCAAUAUUAUAA